GGGUUCGGUGUAAGGGCUGCGCGCUGGCUGCUCCUUCGCACUCGGAGGAGAACAUCAUGGGGCAGACAGGUGGAAGAGGAGACUUUGAAUGGGUCUACGAUGAUCAGCCGCACACGUCCCGGAGGAAGGAGAUACUGGCCAAAUAUCCCCAGAUCAAGUCACUGAUGGGUCCCGACCCCCAGCUGAAGUGGGUGGUGUCAGGCAUGGUCCUGACCCAGCUCCUGGCCUGCUACCUGGUCCACGACCUCUCCUGGAAGUGGGUUUUCUUCUGGGCCUACGCCUUCGGUGGCUGCAUCAACCACUCGCUGACUCUGGCCAUCCACGACAUCUCGCACAACGUGGCCUUCGGCAACAAGCUGGCCAAGUGGAACCGCUGGUUCGCCAUGUGGGCCAACCUCCCCAUCGGCCUGCCCUACUCUGCCUCCUUCAAGAAGUACCACGUGGACCACCACCGCUACCUGGGCGGGGACAGACUGGACGUGGACAUCCCCACAGACUGGGAGGGGUGGUUCUUCUGCACCCCUGCCAGGAAGGUGCUUUGGCUCUUCCUGCAGCCCUUCUUCUACGCCCUGCGCCCCUUGGUUGUCAACCCCAAGCCGGUGGGUCAGCUGGAGAUCCAGAAUGCGCUGGUCCAGCUGGUAGCCGACUUGAUCAUCUACUACCUUUGGGGCCUGAAGCCCAUCGUCUACCUCAUCGCAGGCUCCAUCCUCUGCAUGGGCCUCCACCCCAUCUCAGGACACUUCAUCGCUGAGCACUACAUGUUCCUGAAGGGACAUGAGACCUACUCGUACUACGGACCGCUGAACCUGAUCACCUUCAAUGUGGGCUACCACAUGGAGCACCACGACUUCCCCAGCAUACCAGGAAGCAGGUUACCUCAGGUGAAGGAAAUCGCAGCGGAGUACUACGACACGCUGCCUCAGCACACCUCCUGGUCCAGGGUACUGUGGGACUUUGUAUUCGACGACAGCAUCGGCCCGUACGCCAGGAUCAAGAGACGGUACAAGGAGGGCAAACAAGGAUAGAGCUGCCACAGCAUGGACUGCUGCAUUUAGAAGUCCAACUCUUCCUUUCUUGUUAGUGCACUGUGUGGAACUAUUACUUCUGAGCAGAGUGCAUCUCACUCCUCUGCUGCAGUUAUUUAUUUAAAUCUAAGGGCUCCGGUCAUUCUGAUAGAGCAGGGGAGCCAAACUUUGGCAUUUGAAGAAUCUGAAUUAUCCUGGACGAUCGACAUUCUGAGGAGGUUUUUAAAGACGUGACCCAGUUAGUGAGACGUUGUCGGUUGGUAUUGAAAUGAGACAGCACACAACGGAAACUUCCUUCUGCUCUGUGGUAGCAACCCAGAAAGCAUCCGGUGGGAGGAGCGUGAGCCCACAUCAAACAGAAGUAACGGAGCAACAUUUGUGGUGAUGAAUAAAAAAAAAAGAAGGAACCCAGUGAUAUCGGACUUUUUCUUGAUGUGAUUGUCAGUUUUAUCCAUCAGUAGAGUAAAACUAUCUCAGACUGAGACAAUAUUUUCACAUCAGUGGUCGAAAGCAUACCCCUGUCCUGACUUCAUAAAGAAGAAACACCAGUCUGGUGCCAUCACCAUAUUCAAACAGUAAAACAUCAGCAACAUUGUACCUUUCUUGUGACUGAUACAGCCUUAUAGUAAAUUUUUCUCUUUUCAAAAUCAAGUCUAGUGCCACCUUGUCUUCGUAAACAGCAAUGUAGCUUCUCAUAAUCAACUUGACCUGGAUCUUCUACCAAGCUCCUCUGACUGGCUGUCUUGCAUCUCCUCCCUCUUCUCCUGCCUGCUCAGCAGAAAAACAUUUCCUUGUAAACAGACAUAACACAAUACGUGUAGUGUU